AUGGUGUUCGUCAAGAACCUCCAGGGACAGACCGUCUCCUUUGACGUGAGCCCAACCGCCAAAGUUGCUGAACUCAAGGCCAGAAUCCAGGAGAUCGAAGCCAUCGCCGCUGAAGAGCAACGUCUUGUCUUUGCUGGUAAGGAUUUUGGCCAUUCUUUUGUCCUUUUGGUUUAGGUAGAUAAUGUUUUGAGGUCUGGAGCGUGCAUUUCAUGCCCCGAUGGCCAAGAUUUUUCCUGACUACAAAGCUAUUGUUUUCUUUAUUGCCUAAAAAAUAUAAAGUAAAUUGUUGCAUAAAGCUGACUCCCGAGAGCGAUUUGACCGAGCUACUUUUCGUUGGUCGAAUUUAGCUUGAGGACGGACCCGGCUAGAUCAAAAAUUCAUUGGUUUCUAUUAUAGGCAAACAGCUCGAUGAGGAAUUGACCUUGGCCGACUUUGGAAUCGAAGCCCUCUCCACAGUCCACCUUGACCUCCGCCUUCUUGGUGGUGGUAAGAAGAGAAAGAAGAAGGUCUACACCACCCCCAAGAAGAUCAAGCACAAGAGAAAGAAGGUCAAACUUUCUGUCCUCAAGUUCUACAAGAUCGACGAUGAUGACAACAUACAGCGUCUCCGCUCCGAAUGCAACUCCGUCUCUUGCGGUGGUGGUGUGUUCAUGGCCAAGCACAAGGAUCGUCUCUACUGUGGCAGAUGCCAUCAGACUUUGAUUGAGAAGAAAUAA